AUGUGUCGGAAAUGGACCGGUGCGCUUAUCUAUCAGUACCUGUCCAUCUCUCCAGAUCAAGUCUCUCCACCACUCGACACAUUCGCGACAUACAGAGAAUACCCUUCGUCACCGGGCCGAUACCGCGGGUUCUGCGGCCAGUGCGGUAGUUCAUUGAUUUGGAGGUCAGAAAGGGAGAGUGAGCUCGAGUCGUGUGAUCUUCUGCUUGGAAGUAUAGAUGAGCGAUGGCUUGUGGGAGGUGGAUUUGGCAAGCUGCUGUGCAAGCCCUCUGGGGCACAGCACUGGCGUGGAAAUGCUAUCGAGGGCGUAACUGACUUUCUUCAGGGUGGGAGGAUUUACCUGGCUGGAAAGGAGGCAGUUUGGACUGCAUGCGGUAUCAUUCCAUGGCAUCUAAAAAGCCUCCUCUUCUAUUAG